AUGCAGUUUGGGCCGUUCUUGAUUCUCGCGAUUGUCUUCAUUUUGCAAUACGCAGCAUGGAGCCAGCUUUUCCAUCCGGUGAUCCGCAUCCUGUUUGCGUGGAUCGCUACCUGGAAUACCCACAUCAGGCUACAGCCGGGCUUGAUCACCCCCAAGGGCUACCAGCCGCCGAAUCUCAACUAUCCGUCCAGGAACUUAUGGAAGUUCUUGGGCAUGUGCUGUGCAUUCACAAUGGUCUACAUUUCGGCUACGGUUUAUGCCCCGACACUGCUAUCAAAGGGUCUGACCCAGAGCAUUGUCCAAGGGCUGAUUUGCUGCCUGGCCAUGGUCGGGGGUGUGGGGUAUAUCCUGCACUUUCACUAUCUCAAGUAG